AUGUUAUUGGGGGCUGGAGUGUUGAGUGCCUAUGAUGCUAGAGACCUCGAUUCCCAGGAUAAAUUGGGUGGUUUGUUGCAAAUGUCUAUCCAGUCAUGUACAAAUCACGAAUACAUGGGUCCGGUGACGGCCAUUUUUGCUACCUCCUACACCAUUGGUGGUGGAUUUGCUGGAAGCAUUCCUGGUGCAAUCUGGACCCAAGAGAUGUUGGGUGAAAUCGCCGCUCAAAUGAUUGAGUUGGGUGCUGAACCUAGCUUAGCUAUGAUUGCUUAUGCCACACCUUACGACUUUAUCGUGGCUUAUCCGGGGACCACCUGA